AUUAGGGAUAUACGCAUUUGUAAGCAUAUAUAAUUGAUAUAUCGCUAAUUCCGUGUACACUUGCGGAAGCUUAUUAAAAGUAAGACAUGCACAUACAAUUCGCGGGUAGCACUUUAAUAGACUCGCGUUAAUACGUAAAUUAUAUACAUAUUACAUAUUACGUGUAGCGUAUAAAAAUACGUGUAUAUAGUUCUGCAAUCUAUAAUCUCUGUCGUUCUGAUUUUUCGUCAAAGUGUUUUCUCGCUGAUUUUGUAGUAUUCGAAAAGCAGGUCGGAGCAGUACGGGUAUCCAGCGCUUAGCCUUUUAGCCCCGGCGCGAUAAUUAAUUAGCUCGCGGGCAUCGUUAGAGUGAAACAACGUCGAGCCGCGCGUAGGACUCGAGGAAAGAAAGCGAGAGAAGAAGCGACGGGGAAAUCGCAUUUCCGUCACGAAGGGAGAAACGUACGAGCGCGUAAUCAAUUAUCAAGAUUUGCACAAAAUCACGUCUCACGACCGUGUCAAAACGUCUGUCGUCUUGCGAAAUUACUUUGGGGGAUCUAUGCUAGUCCUAAAGAGAAAUUUUCUUACGAUCGUCGACACUUUCUCAAGAAAACUUUUCUCGCUUUAUUUGCCUCCGGACUAUGUAGGCCGCUCAAGCUUAAUGUAAAGGAAAGGUAAAAAAAUAACGGGGACCAAUUUUUUACUCUUAUUCUCGUAUAGAAUAAGACUAUUUCUCCUCCUCUCCUUUUCUAUCUUAUCUAUCUCUUUCUCUUUCACCUUCUCUAUCUACUUUGAUAUUCUUAACUAAGUCGCCCACCGGACUGUCCAUAAAUCUCUGUACACUCUGUCUGUGUUAAGUCUGUUGUGGACCAGUGAAUGCAGGAAAUACGAGGAACGGAGUUGCGACUCAUGUAAGCAAUAAAUCAGAGACCAACUACGUAUGACCACGGCACCGAAGAAAAUAACGUUGCAGCAGCACCAUAGCAGCACGAAACCGAAGGUGUCAAUCACGCCGAAAUUAGCUAAAGUUAAGCUAAACUAGAUUCUAAAAGAUUUGGUCCAAUAGAGAAAAAAAGCCGAAGACGAACUUUACUCGCACUUUUUAGCUGCGCUAGGCGAGAGUAUAAUAUAUGCGCGAGUGCUACGUAUAAAUCCUAAAAAAAAAAAAAUUGUAACAGCACGAGAAACUUUUAAUUCGAGUAAGAGAAAGAAAAAAAUAGAUCGAGAAAUACUUUUCCGAUCGAGCGCAGUAUUAGCGAUAAAUUCGAGCAAUCGCCCCGAGAUACGCAUCGAUUAAGUACAGCGGAAAUCAAGCGUCGACACCGACAAGACCCGACUUUGCAAAUUGCUCGAUACGGAGAGACGAUCCCGAACGAGAGACAACGGCUUCCCCAGGAACGAGCCGAGAGGACGAGGAAGAGCGCGUGUGGCGGCAUUUGCGUAUUCGACAACGAUGGCAUUAUCCUGAAACGGGCAUGACGCCCUUGGCCUCGAGAUGCGACGAGACCACCACCCUCCUGUUGUUGCUGCUACUCGAGCUGGCACCCGGGGCACGUUGCUAUUCGCGCGCGGCCACGACCUCCGCUUCGUCCUUACCGAGAUAGCAUCUACAGACCUCGGCGAGGGUGCGAAUGAUGCCGCUUUUCGGCAGCAUUAUGACCAUCGCCGUCGAUAACCCGACAACGGCGUCUACGAGCGUCUUUGAAGGGAACAUGACGUGGUCUCGACCAAUUAGUGGUGGCUCUACGUUUUCGAGUAACGAGGCCCACCCGACACGUGCGAUCCCGUACGGUGAGCGUCAGACCGUGGCAGCUACCAGCGAUCGUGUUAAUCGCCUCCAUAGUGGCGGAGGAGAAGCCGAGACAGAAGCGAGCGAGAACGCUGCCAGAAACAACGAAAAAUACACCGAGGGGGACGUGCGUAGCAUUGAGACGGGAAGAAAGGGCGACGUGGAGGUAAGAAAGGAAACUUCCCACCAUUGCGACCAAACUUCAGAAACUCGCGUUUGUGGCAGGAACACCGUAGGUGCGACAAAGAGUGGGGAAACUUCAUUUAUUGGCGAAGAAAACGUGGCAGGGAUAGGCACUGGGGGUGGUGGCGGUGAACAAAAUGUCGACGGCAUAGGCAGUACUAACGAUAGUAUAAGUGUGAGUACAGGUGUAUCGAAUAGCACGGAGGAGGGUGUCGCGAUCGAAAACGGGAAGGGUCUGUUGCUCUUCGGUUCUAGCGACACGAUGGAGGACACGAUCAGUUUGUUAUUCAAUGACUCAUUCAACGCGAGUCACCGUCAUCCUUGGAACAUUAGCUUGUAUAACGAGACUAUGAUUGUUCUAGGUGAGAGUCUCUAUCCGUCGGGAUAUACCCUUCCGCAUAUUAUACUCGCGUCUAUCCUGGCGACGUUGCUGAUGAUCGUGAUUGUUGUGGGAAAUAUGCUAGUAAUAAUUGCCAUUGCCACGGAGAAGGCGCUAAAGAAUAUACAGAAUUGGUUCAUAGCCAGCCUCGCGGUAGCGGACUUCUUUCUCGGCCUCGUGAUCAUGCCAUUCUCCCUCGCCAACGAGAUCAUGGGCUACUGGAUCUUCGGAUAUUGGUGGUGCGACAUUUAUUCCGCCAUGGACGUGCUGCUGUGUACAGCCAGUAUCAUGAAUCUGUGUCUGAUUAGUCUGGACAGAUUUUGGAGCAUCACACAAGCGGUUGACUACCUGAAGAAAAGAACGCCGGCUAGAGCGGCGCUUAUGAUCGCUCUCGUCUGGCUAUUAUCGGCGCUCGUUUGUAUACCUCCGUUACUCGGGUGGAAAAGACCCACUCCGGCCGAAGAGUAUCCCAAGUGCAAGCUGUCAGAGGACAUCGGAUAUGUCCUUUACUCUGCCCUGGGCAGCUUCUACAUUCCAUCUUGCAUUAUGGUCUUCGUCUACAUACGUAUAUACUUCGCUGCCAAGGCUCGCGCUCGUCGUGGCAUCCGGAAACAGCCACGUCCACGCGCGGUAGUUCCGCCGGAAUCGCCCGACGUCAGACAGACGAGCUUCACUCAGAGCACGCCGGCGACCGACACCAAGAAACCACCGGGAUCAGUCAUGGAGAAUGUCGCCACAAUCGAGAACCAACCGGUCCAGAUACCGAUUGUCACGUGCGACUUUGCCAGUGACGUCAGCACAUCGGAGGCUGAUCCCGGUGGAGGCAUCCCGAUGGAGGAGAAGGACACGCUGAAGGUGAGCGUACCGGUACCGGCGCAAAAGAGCAGCCUGAAGGCGACCUUGUCGGUGAACGGGGACGGGCAAUCGGGCGGGCAAAACGUGCCGGCGCGAUGCCGAGCGCCCAGCGUCGGCAUCGACGUCGACAUGGUGUCCGAGUUCGAUCCCUCAUCGUCGGACAGCGGCGUCGUGUCGAGAUGCGCGGUGGUGAAGCCGCUGAAGUUGCGUCUGUGCCAGCCGAUCUUUGGUCGCAAGCACAUAGGUAAGUUGAAGAAGGAGCACGGCGACGCGGCGCGACACGCCGGCAAGGACGAGUCAGGCGGCGGCGACGCCAAGACGGCGAAGCCGCGCGAUCCGGAGAGAGAGAAGAGGAGACUGGCGAGAAAGAAGGAGAAACGCGCAACCCUGAUCCUGGGCUUCAUAAUGGGCAGCUUCAUCGCUUGCUGGCUGCCCUUCUUUGUCCUUUACAUCGUCAAGCCCCUCUUCCCCAAGUUUGAGAUACCCACGCAAGCCUUCGUGAUCGCUUUCUGGCUCGGCUACAUGAAUUCGGCGCUGAAUCCGUUCAUAUACACCGUAUUCAACAAGGACUUCCGCCGCGCCUUCCGCCGGAUACUGUUUAAAUGAGCGAUGCAGUAUAGCGUCGACCAAGAGGGACGCUAGCGAUAACCACAUUUUCGAUUCCUCGGGUACGUCGAUAUAGAUUGUACCUCGAGAAGGUUUUUCCUCGAUCGCAUCGCGCGAUAGCCGAUCUGUUUCUUGGAAUUAUUCCUGAGGGAAAUAUUGAUCGCAAGACGGCGGGUGGAAUUCUACGAUGCCGCGAAAGAAUCUGCAAAAUAUGGAGUCAGAAAUGCGCGAGACAUUCAUGACAGAGAAGCUCGCGUUUCAGAUCCAAGGGAAUUGUCCUGCUGAUUUUUUUUCAAACGCGAAGCUUUGGAAAAAUGCAUAUUGUAAGACAUACUCGGACAAGAUAUGUCGUUUAGUCUUUCGAGACCUCUGUCACCUUCCGAGAAGAUGGAUUCUUCUUGCGUCUGUCAAAUCAAUGUACAAUUUUGCUCGAAAAAAAAUACAUAAGUUAGUCAGAGAUUCAAGAAGACAUCGAGAUACGCGCAAGAGAAGAUUUCCUCCACGUUGUUAAUGAUAAAACUACGAUGGAGAUAUCGGGAUGAGAUGUGUUUAAAAUGUCUCGUUCACUGGAACGUUCCCGUUAAACGCACAUCGAACGAUCAAGAUCGAUCAGGCUACUCUUACACGGUUCACAUGGUUCUUACACGGUGCAUGGCGGCAGAUCAACGAAAAGUACGUUUCGGCUGGCCACAGGAGCACAAUCCGCCAAGCAUGGCGUACUCUCGGGUUUAUGAUAUACCUUGCAAAGCGAGUCGCUCCGUAGACCAAGAGGCAGCAUAUCGCUCCUUCCUCCAUCUGCGCAUAUUUUUUUUACUGACCAUUCUUCUUCCACAAAAGAAUAGAGAAACGGGAUGAUACGCGCAAUAUAUAUCCCGGCUGCUCCGGAUGGAGGAUACUAUCUUCGUGCCUAAUCUCUUGGUCACGUCAAAGGCAUGACAAUCCAAAGUUGCAUAUGCAACGCGCUUGCGUAGAUAUACACGGGGCUCGCCACGGAUGGUUACAAAUUCCAUUGUGCAUUAAUGCACUUCGCAGUAACAGAUGCAGAUUCGCGUGGGACGCAAUUUAGAGCGGCAUUCAAUGUUGUAUACCGUGCGAUACGAUGGCGACGACGGCAAAAGAUGACGAUUGAAGAGGCGUAAAAGAUCCUACGAACAACGAUCGGCCGUGUGAAUACCAGCCAGCGUUGGAAAUCGUCGGCAGAUCUACUGACAAAUAAACGAGGUUGCAGGAAGAUACGUUUCCUAUUACGUAUUAUAUAAUAUUAGAUAUUCGCGCGUUGUGGGUCCGCUUAAAGGGCCUCUUUAAACGUCCGGCGUUUCAAUCGCGAGUCUUCGAUGUUAAUUUUAACAGAGGAUUACACACAUGAGAUAGAAUUUAAUAAUUCUGUCACGUACGUGCAGGGUAUACGGAUUCGUGUGUAUAUGUUGUGCAUAUUGUGUAUGUAUGUACGUAUGUGUUUGCGUAUGUACGCGCGCGCGUAUAUUCGUAUAAUUUCUUUCGUGUGGAAAAAAAAAGUACAAGAGAUGCAGAAGCCUCUUUAAACGUCCGGCGUUCCAAUUGCGAGUCUUCGAUGUUAAUUUUAACGGAGGAUUACACAUGUAUAGAAUUUAAUAAUUCUGUCACGUACGUGCGGGAUAUACGGAUUCGUUUGUAUGUGUUGCGCAUGUGUGUAUGUAUGUAUGUACGUGUUUAUGUACGCGCGCGCGCGUAUAUUCGUAUAGUUUCUUUCGUGUGAGAAAAGAGUACAAGAGAUACAGAAGCCUCUUUUUAUUCUGUAAGCAAACUCUUCUAUCGCAGCCUAACUAUACAGCAAUAAUUAAAUUUUUUGUUCGUUGAAAACGCUCGUUUGUUCGAACGAGAUAUCGCGAGGGAGUAAAUCGGCGCGAAACGAUCAGUCGUGAAUUGUAUCUUCGGCCAUACAUCGUCCGAUACGUUUGCGCAUGUAUGUGGAUAUGCAUUUGCAUAUAUGCAUGCACAUACACAUGCCAUCGAUAUGCGAUGAGUGAUCGCUUUGUGUCGAAGGGUCCAAAAUUGAAUGCAAAUCUAGAUAAAAAUAAAAAACAAGAA